GCAAUUUCAGCGGCGGGAGGCGAGGUAGACGGACGGCGAGGAGGGCGGCCGGCCGGCGAGCGGAGCAGAGAAAUCAAGAAUAGAUUGGUGAAUAGGCCGGUGCGCUUUUGCACAAAGGACCCUUACACAAAUGACUACUUAUUCCCUCUCUGGACCAAGUGGAGUCAACUGUUCAAUUUCUCUCAUCGCCGUCGUCGUCUAGUCUACUCCACCGCCCGCACCACCACCGUUCCAUCCAUACUGACCUCCGCCGCCACCUCCGGGCGGACGAAUGGGGAACAUGACCCGGUCCGACUCCCCCGUCUCCCGCCGCAUCGUCCUCUCCUUCCUCGAUUUCCUCAACUCCGUUGAACUAGCUCAUGGGGCUGAUCCUGAAGCUCUUGAAGUUGCUAAGGAUUGCUUGGAAUCCAUUUUUAGUAUCAAUUCAUCAGCCACUGGCGAGGGGGUACAACCAGGACUGUUACUUGAACUAUUUAGUUCUCUCGAAGCUAAUGAAAGAGACAAACGAAGCGCUGGUCUGGUGUCACAAUCUGUAUCAAAUAAACCGUCUCGAAGUGCGAGUACAUCUAAUAUCGAAGAAUACUCAAAUAAAUGUACAACAUCAAAUAUAUAUUAGCCUCUCAUACGACAUUUCUGCUUCUCCUGAUCAGAGUGACAGCCAGGUGGAAGAUACCUUUGACUUAGAUCAUUCAGGAGAUGAACUAUUUGCAAAAUUUUAUGCUGCACUGGAUGAAAUCAAUUUCUUUAAGACAUCACCUGCUGGAGCUGAAGAUCCUGGCCAACUUUCAAAAGCAACACAAUACUUUACUGAAGCAUUACUGGCGAUGCAAAAGUCAGGAAGGAAAAAUGCAAGCUUAGUAGACCUUGCAGAUUCCUUUAAAUCAAGAGGAAACGAAUUCAUGAGAUCAAACCAACACCUUAAAGCGGUAGAACUGUACACCUGUGCCAUUGCAUUGAGCAGAAAAAAUGCCAUUUACUAUUGUAACAGGGCUGCUGCUUAUACCCUUAUUAAUAUGAACAAUGAAGCUAUUGAGGACUGCCUGAAGUCAAUUGAAAUUGACCCUAACUACAGCAAAGCAUAUAGCCGACUUGGAUCUGCUUAUUUCGCUCUGGGGAAUUAUCAAGAUGCUUUAUACAAGGGAUACAUGAAAGCCUCUGAGCUUGAUCCUAGUAAUGAAAAUGUCCGACAGAAUAUCGAGGUCACCAAAAAGAAACUGGCCGAACGACGAGUCCCGCCGGAAGAACAGAACACACAUGCACAUCAAGCUCAAGGAUCGCACCCAAGGUUUUCUGGUCAGACAAGCAGUGUUCCUUUCAAUCUAUUUCCACCGGGUAGUUCUUCAACUCCUGAGUUCUUUGCCAACUUGAUCAAUCGUGGAUCUGAUCUUGGUCAACAGCCACCUGAACAUUCGAUAAAUAUAAAUUUGAAUGACAUUUUUGGUCAUACAAAUGUCAAUGUGAGUGGUCAAGGAUUGGGUCAAACAGGGAAUUCAAAUAACCAUACUCCAUCUGUUUCUAUCCCGACCGAUGCUGCAGUUCCUCCCGCUUUUGCCUUCUCAGGCCCAGGCAAUGAAGGAAAUCAGGAACACCGAGUUUCCAGUGGACAUGAAGGGGAAUAUGGUGAAUCAGGUGUACGUAGGGAUGAUGGCGUCCAUAUAAACUUGACAGGACCCGAGCAGGCUGCAGAGGCUCUGAGAGCUGUGAUGCAGAUGUUUGGGCCACAGAUGGGUCCACAUGAAGGCGCACCUAGAGGACCAGGUUAGACGGGAGAAGCAGGAAAAUGCUUUAUGUGGCUCAUAGUUCAAUUCUUGUCUACAGAAGUCUUAUACUCUUGUGCGGCUUGUUCUCUUGCCCUUCAUCCUGAUCAAGCAUGGAAAUUCUUGGGCACCUUAUGUCAGUAUGUCUGUUCUACUCCACCUUAGUGUUUCCUGUACUUGCAUCGUGGCACAUGCUCAGUUUACCUGCUUUCUUCGUCCCAGCACCAAUGUAUCAUUAGUUAUGAUGAAUCUUGUUUGUUGAAAUUUUGCCGCGAUGUCUGUUUGACCAUUUUAUUUGUGGGUCCAUUGGCAAUCAGUUGAUGAUACAUAUGAACUGAGUUAGUACUA